UUCUUUAUGAUUGUUUUGCACGAAAAUUCCAGUGCACCUUUUUCCCUCCAAAAGACAUUUGCUUUUGUAAUUUUUUGUGCUUUAUUUUUACAGCCUAUGUAGCCUAACAAAUUUACUCUACAAUAAAGUGUAAUCCGUCAGCAAUAUGAAAAACAGUGCACACAAAGCAGGACAAGGGACGAUACUGCUGGACGAAGAUAAUACUUUAUCAUCAUAGGAAGCCUGUCGUAGUGCCUCCUCCUCUUCUUCUUCUUCCUCUUUUUUAAAUGAUAAUCUGAUAGAAGCGCACUCUGCAUAGAAGACGCAUAGAUUGAUUCGCCCCCCUAAAGAUUUCUGGCUUGAGGUGCACUCCAGCCCAGGGUAAGAUGAAAGGGUAAUUACGCUGUCUGUUGUUUACUGCAGGUAAGCUGUCGCUCAUUAAACAUAAACGUAAUUUAAAAAUAGCGGUGCGAAGCUUGAGGAAAACGUCGAUAAGUGUAAUCUAUGGACAGUUCAAGGGCAAUUUCCUGUUUUAAAAAGUUUCCAUUCGUUUCUGAAUAUGCUGUUGAAAUGUCAAAAGCACAUCUCCGUUCAUCUAAGUUUAAACAUGCUGCAUGAGUUUUGUGAUAGGCCAUAUAACGGAACUGCUGACAGAUGACAGAUCUGUUUCAGAGCUUCAUAAUGUAGAUCUUAUGUGCAAGAUCGGAGUAGCGCGUGUUGUAGUUGUAAUCAUUUUAAUAAAUAACGGAUUUGGAGGCAGAGUUUAAUUUUAAUAAAGCUUUUAUUAAUAGUAGCCUAUCCCAUGCAGUAUAAUAUAAUAGCCUAUAUUGGUUGUUACUGUUAAUAAGGAGAGUUUCGAGGCACUAUCCUAUUGAUUUGAUUUGUCUUCGUGUGUCAUGUCUACGUGACCAUGUCCAUUCUGCAGUGAAGUGAACGUGCUCUGGCUCAGUGUAAAGAUUACACGCUCCGAUAAGCAACAAAAGCGCCUUUUGUCACCCAACUUCCAGUCAGUGCAAGAUGUCCAGUGGCAUAGACACCUUCUCUGGGAGCAAAGUUCUUUGAGGCUUUACUGGGAUAACCAGACAGUUUUGUCUAAUUUAGUGGUGAAGGCACCAUGUCACACGCAGAUCAUCACAUUUUUGUUGAACAGCAAAUCUCAUACAAACUCAAAGUGAAAGUGUUGCGGGCUGAAAAUGUCACCAAAGGACCUCUUGGAGACUUGUUGGAUACCCCCGACCCAUAUGUGGAGUUGUUCAUCCCAACUUCUCCAGAGAGCAGAAAGAAAACACAACAUAUAGACAACAACAUCAAUCCAGAAUGGAAUGAGGCUUUUGAAUUCAUCCUCGACCCCAACCAAAACAAUGUCCUUAAGUUGACAUUAAUGGAUGCUAACUAUGUCGUGGAUGAAAUGUUGGGUACAGCUUCAUAUGACAUCUCUAAACUUAAAGUUGGACAAACAGUACUGGUGUCAUUUCUUAUAGGAAAAAUGACCAAUGUGUACUUAGAGCUUUCAUUGGAGGAGUGCUCAGCAACGGACUUGCGAUUCAGUCUGGAUCUGUGCCCUAAAGAGAAGCUCUACAGGCAACAUCGGCGCGAUAGAGUCAUGCUGGGCAUCAAGAAAUUGUUGCACAUGGAAGAACCUUCCUCCCUCCCUUCCUCUGCUCAUGAGGUUCCAGUGAUUGCUGUUCUGGGAUCAGGGGGAGGUUUCAGGGCAAUGGUCGGGUUUUCAGGGGUUAUGAAGGCUUUGAAUGAGUCUGGAGUUCUGGACUGUGUCACAUAUGUUGCUGGCCUCUCUGGAUCCACCUGGUACAUGUCCGCAUUGUACUCCCACCCAGAGUUCCCCACUAAGGGCCUAGAGCAGAUCAACCAGGAGCUGAUGAAUCGCGUGAGCAGUAACCCUCUCCGACUACUCCUUCCCAAACAUAUCACUAACUACGUACAUGCCCUAUGGAGCAAGAAGGCCACAGGGCAGCCUGUUACCUUCACAGAUAUCUUCGGGAUGUUGAUAGGUGAAACGCUCAUUCCCUCUAGGAUGGACACCAAGUUAAGUGAGUUGCAGGAAAAGAUAAAUGAAGCUCAGGCUCCUCUGCCCUUGUUCACCUGCCUGCAUGUAAAGCCAGAUGUCUCUGAGCUUAAGUUUGCAGAUUGGGUGGAGUUCAGUCCGUAUGAGAUCGGAAUGGCGAAAUAUGGAACCUUCAUGACCCCUGACCUUUUUGGAAGCAAGUUCUUCAGGGGAAACGUGGUCAAGAAGCAUGAAGAGAACCCUCUUCACUUCCUUAUGGGUGUGUGGGGCAGCGCCUUCUCUAUCCUGAUCAACAGAAUUCUGGGAUUCAACGAUGUGACCAAUGGCAGUACCAUGGAGGAAGAACUGGAACAGAUCAAACCGGAACACAUUGUAGGAGAGGACAGUCUAGAUAAUGAUGAAGACCAAAAUAAAGAUGGCGAGUAUCAGGCAAGCUGGAUGCAGCGCAUGGUUAGCUCUCUCUUCAGUGACUCAGUUCUUUUUAAAACACGAGAAGGCAGAGCAGGAAAGGUACACAACUUCAUGCUUGGCUUAAACCUCAACGACGAUGUGCCAUUUUCCGUCAGUCCCAUGGAGGAUGAAAUUGAUGCGGUCACAGACCCAUUUGAGUUUGACCGUAUCUACGAGCCGUUAGACGUAAAGAGCAAGAAGAUUCACAUGGUGGACAGUGGCUUGACCUUUAACCUGCCUUAUCCUCUGAUUCUAAGGCCUCAGAGAGGUGUUGACCUCAUCAUCUCCUUUGACUUUUCUGCCCGACCGAGCGACUCUAGUCUACCAUUUAAGGAACUUCUGCUAGCUGAGAAAUGGGCACGAAUGAACAAACUUCCAUUUCCCAAGAUCGACCCAAGGGUGUUUGAUCGGGAGGGAAUGAAAGAGUGUUAUGUAUUUAAGCCUAAUAAAGGAGAAAAGAACUGCCCUACUAUCAUCCAUUUUGUCCUGGUCAAUAUCGAAUUCAGGACAUUCAAAGCCCCAGGUGUUCCACGUGAGACGGACAAAGAGAGAAAAUUUGCAGACUUUGACAUCUUUGAUGACCCAGAGACGCCCUACUCAACCUUUAAUUUUCAGUAUUCCAAUCAAGCCUUCACCCAGCUACAAGAUCUUAUGGAAUUCAACACGCUUAAUAACAUAGAGGUCAUCAAAGAAGCCAUAAAGGACAGCAUCUUGUAUAGGAAGGAGAUUCCAUCUCGCUGCUCUGCUUCUCUUUCUCUCAGUGAAGUACAAAACAAAAAACGCCUGAAGAUGGUGUCCAAAGGACAAGCAUACCAAUAAGCAGGCGAAGUAUGAUGGCAAUCUAGCCACAGGAAGUUUACAGAUGUCACACAUCUCAUCAUGGAAACAAUUGUUUGUUUGUUUGUUUAACUUAAAAAUAACUCCACAAACUGUGAAACCAGAUUAUCUGGUUUGGUCCCCACACUCCCCAGAAUAUUCUCAUGUAGCCUUUUAUUAAUAAAAAGAGAACUGGUGAGUGACAA